AUGAUGGACAUGGAAAUGAACGCCGAUCUGGACAGGGAUGGGGGUAGCGACACCGGGGAGGCCUCCUCGGAGGGCAGCUCCGCAGCUAGCGUCUACUGCACGUUGGAGCAGGACUUUGCCCGAGUGAUCGGCGAGAUGAAAUCUAACGAGGCCCUGGCGGCCUACGCGACCGAGUUCACGCGGAUCUUCGAGUCGCUGUACAAGUCCCAGCAGCAGGAGCGCGAGCUCCAGCAAAGGUGCGAGCUACUCGAGGGGGAGCUGUCGGUGGCGUGCGAGAAGAUCAUCGCGCUCGACGGCCGGGCGGAGAGCGACGCGUCUGCCAUCGGCCAACUACAGGCCGAGCUCGCCAAUAGCAAGGCCCUGGCCGACGCGGCGCACACGCGCGAGCAAAAGGGCCAGCACAUCGUGGAGAACCUCCGGCUCUCCGUCGCCAAACUCAGCACCGAGCUCGAGCUCAAGAACAAGCAGCUAGCCGCCGAGGAGACGGAUAAGCAGCAGCAGAAGGACGGGUUGGCCAAGGAGCGGGAGCGGCUGGCGAACGAGCUCGAGGCCACGAAGCAGCGCUUGAAGAGCAUCAGUAACUACAAGCAAGAGCUUGAGACGAAGCUGAGCGAAACCGAGCAGCGGGCCACGGAGCUGCAGGACAAAGUCGAUCAUCAAUUCAACGAGCUGACCAAGGAAAAGAGGGAGCGCGAUCGUGCCGAUUCCGACCUUCAAGCUCUACAUCAGCAGUUCGAGAUGCGCCUCGCCGAUUUGCAGGCAGCCGAGGAUAGUCUCAAAACGAUGACGAAGAACGCCGACAAGCAGGAGCAGCAGCUAAGGGAACAGGCGCUCGAAAACGAUAAAAGGAAAAAAGAGAUAAAGGCGUUGCUGGGGAAGCAGGCGUCGAUGAAAAUGGAGGCGGACCGGUUGCAGCAGCGCCACGAGAAGGCCUCCAAGGAGCUGUUCGAGAAGAACGAGACCAUCCGAGAAUUGAUGAGGGAGUUGCAUAGAGUGAAAGAGGAAGCGGCAAAGCUGAGGUCGGACAAGGAGAGCACGUCGAAGAAGCUGGCCAAGGAGGCGAGCUUGAGGAACAGGAGCGAGGAGAGCUCCAAGCGGCUGGACGCGAGCUUGAAGAAGGCAGAGAUGGAGAUCACGGCCAUGAGGCGGCAAGCCGAGCUCGACAGGAAGGCCAACGAGAAGCUGGGCCGCGAGAAGGAAGCCACCGUGAGGAGCAACCUCGGCCUCGAGGACCUCAACAAGAAGCUGGCUCUGGAGACCCGACUGCUGGAACAGACCAACCGGAAGCUCGAGGCCAGCUUGGAAGAGGCCGGCGAGGAACUGAACUUGCUCAGGCGAAACUUGAAGAAUUUGGAGAAGGAGAGGGACAGGUGCGCCAUCGAGUCGCGGGAGUUAACCGAGAAGGUGGAGGAUUGCGCCGAGGAAGUGAAGAUGAGCCGGCUCGAGACGAGCGACUUCCAGAAGCAGCUGACGGACGCGGAGACCCGGAUACGCCAGCAGCAGACGCUCUUCGAGGACGUGAGGGCCGAGCGGAACAAGCUACACUCGAGCCUGACCCAUUGCCAGACGGAGCUCGCCGAGACCAAGAACCGGGCAAAGGACCUGAACCACCAGCUGGCCCAGUUGGGCGAGCAACUGACCGCGAAGGAGGCGGAGAUCGCCAAGCAAGAAUUCCUGAUGAACAAGAUGGAAAAGGAGAAGAACAAGCUGGAGACCGGGCUGGCGAGCUGCCAGCGCAACAUCGAGGAGCUGCGCCGCGAGGCCCACAAAGCCAAGGAGGAGGAGCGCCAGCUGCGCGCCGGUUUACAGGCAGAGCAGGGGAUGGUGCGCCAUUUGAAAAAUCUGGAGUGCGCGCUGCACGAGCGGGACUCCAUAGGGGCCCAAAUGGUGCGGCGGAACGACGAGAUCAGCCUGCAGUUCAGCAAACUGCGGGAGUUGGGCGACGCGCUGAGCCAGGGAGAGGCGCAGUACGCGCAGCGGGUUCGCGAGAACCGGGAACUGAAGCUCGAGAACGACGACCUCAGGCGCGAAAAGUCGGUGCUCGAGCGCUCGGCUGCCAGCCUCGUGGAGACGCGGGCCCAGCUGUUUCGGGUGGAGCGCCAGCUGGGACAGGAGCGGCUCAAGGUGUCGGCCCUCGAGGAGGAGCUCGUCAAUCCGGCCAACGUGCACAGGUGGCGGAACCUCGAGGGAACGGACCCCGACACUUUUGAGCUGUUGAGGAAGAUACAGAUACUCCAGAGGAGGAUACUCAAGAUGUCCUCGGCCACGAUAGACCGGGAAAGGAAGCUCAGGGACACCGAGAGGCUGUACCUCGAGUUGCGCGAGGCGGUUGCCAAGCAACCCGGGCCCGAGUUGCUAGUCCGGCUCGAGAACACUCGCCGGGCUCUGAAGAACCGAGGAAAGAAGAUCAAGUGCCUCGUCGCCGAGUUGAACAUGGCAAAGCUGGCGACGGAGCACAAGUUCGAGAUCGAUAAGAUCAAAAAGGAGCUCGGCCUCGCCAGGGCCAAGUGCUUCGAGCAGAGGAAAAAAUUGCAGCUGAUGGCCGCCAAGGCGUCAGCCGAAACGCACGUAAAUCCCGACGAGGUCGAGGAGAGACCGGGCAAGACCGUACUCAUACUCACCUCCCAAAGACCGGAGGACAGUGACACCCAAUGA